UAUCCCUGUGCUCUGGGUGACGGGAGAUUGGGCUGUGGGUUGGAAAUACCCUACAGCAUCCGCACCAGCAGCAGCCAGGGGGAGAACCCGCCCCGGUGAAGGCGGAGACCUGUGAGCUGCAUCCUGGCGCCCAGGGUACCGAGAGCCGUGGAACCGGCUCCCUCCAUCUCUCUGGCGACCUUAACUGCAGGCAAAACGGCAGGGGAGCCUGGCCAGGUGGGAGCCGGCUUCCCAGCCCCAGAACCUUCCGUUGUGCAGACAUGAGCUACCAGCAGCCGCAGCUGAGGGACCCAAGGCAGAGAGAAACAGAUCUGAGUGACAGAGAAAGCCUGGUCUCCGGACACGAACACCAAGGGAAAUCGUGUCAGUCUACAGCUGUGUUCAACGUAGUCAAUUCUGUUAUAGGAUCUGGAAUAAUAGGAUUGCCUUAUUCAAUGAAGCAAGCUGGAUUUCCCUUGGGAAUGCUGCUUUUAUUCUGGGUCUCAUAUAUUACAGACUUUUCCCUCAUUUUAUUGAUAAAGGGAGGAGCCCUCUCUGGAACAGACUCCUACCAGUCUUUGGUUAACAAGACCUUUGGCUUUCCAGGAUACCUGCUGCUCUCUGCCCUACAGUUUAUGUACCCUUUUAUAGCCAUGAUAAGUUACAACAUAAUAACUGGAGAUACUUUGAGCAAGGUUUUUCAAAGAAUCCCAGGAGUUGAUCCCGGAAGUUUGUUUAUUGGUCGGCACUUCAUUAUUGUGGUUUCAACAGUUACAUUUACUCUGCCUUUGUCGCUGUACCGAGAUAUAGCAAAGCUUGGAAAGAUCUCUCUCAUUUCUACAAUUUUAACAAUUCUAAUUCUUGGAAUUGUAAUGACAAGGGCAGUUUCCUUGGGGCCAAACAUACCAAAGACAGAAGAUGCUUGGGUAUUUGCAAAGCCCAACGCCAUCCAGGCUAUUGGGGUGAUGUCUUUUGCUUUCAUUUGCCACCAUAACUGCUUCCUGGUCUAUGGUUCUCUCCAAGAGCCCACGGUAGCUAAGUGGUGCCGGGUCAUCCACACGUCCAUCUUGGUUUCUGUACUUAUUUGUGUGCUCUUUGCCACAUGUGGGUACUUGACUUUUACUGGCUUCACUCAAGGAGACUUAUUUGAAAAUUACUGCAGAAGUGAUGACCUGGUGACCUUUGGGAGGUUUUGUUAUGGCAUCACCGUCAUUUUGACAUACCCAAUUGAAUGCGUUGUGACCAGAGAGGUAAUUGCCAAUGUGUUUUUUGGUGGGAAUCCUUCAUCAGUGUUCCACAUCAUCUUAACCGUGGUUAUCAUUACUGCAGCCACACUGGUAUCAUUGCUGAUCGAUUGCCUUGGAAUAGUUUUAGAACUCAAUGGUGCGCUCUGUGCAGCUCCUUUGAUUUUUAUCAUCCCCUCAGCGUGUUAUCUGAAAUUAUCCGAAGAACCAAGGACACACACAGAUAAGAUAAUGGCCUGUGUCAUGCUUCCGGUUGGUGCGGUGGUGAUGGUCGUGGGAUUCGUCAUGGCCAUUACAAACCCUCAAGACUGCACCCAUGGGCAGGAAAUGUUCUAUUGCUUUCCUGACAACAUCUCCCUCACAAACACCUCCCAUUCUCAUCUUCACCUGACAACACAGCCUUCCCUUUUGAACGGCAGCAUCUUUCAGUGACUUGGCUGCUUUAAACAAUGUGUGUGUUCUCAGAGAUGCCUACGCCACCUCUCAAUACCCACGUGUGUCAGUCUCUUUGUCACUUGGGAUCACUGACAUGUAUCAAGACUUGUGUGUCCUUACUCUUUCCAGCAAUGUGAAAAAUAAAGAAAUUUGAAUAUA